CCAAACUUCGUUAAAUGUUAUCUCAAGUCAAACUACUUCCGGGUAUUCUAUUAUGAGUACACAUACACCUUCCAGGCCAAUAUGUGCGGCCAGUGCCCAAUUUUAAGCAGCAGAUUUUGACGCGGCUGUGCUAGUAUCAACAUUAGGUUGAUAUCGCCUUCCAUCUCUGGCAAGGCCAGCCUUGUUGUCAUGAAGAAUAAAAGCCGUAGCCUUCUUCUUUGCUUCAUUAUUCCCGAGGUCACCACUAGUGACAUUCCGUUAUAAAGAGAUUACGAAAAUCCGCGAGUCGAGAUUUGUUUGCAGUACGAAGGUGAAUGUUUACUCCACCACCCCACCUGUUAUUCUCAUCCUUGCCCUCGGCACUUCAUCGCCUCUGAAUUCAUCAAGUUUACUUCAAUUCCAAGUGAAUGAAUAACUAUGACUUAUCCUCCCAUUCAGCAAACCAGAUUUAUCUCGUCAUCCGUAUCCUAUAGGUACCACAACCAUGUCACACAACCAACAACUCCUGGCACUGUCAACUCAAACACUAGAUCCUCACCACAAACUGGCAAAAUGUCACCAGAAGAGCAAAUAUUCCAAAUUAAAGAAGACGAAGCGCCGUUACUCCAAGCCCAAUUACGGCUCUCGAGUGCCACCGUCAAAAUCGCAGCACCACCACCGCCCUUCCUCCUCCUCCUAAACGGUUUCCCCGGCGUCGGCAAGCUUACAAUCGCACAGAAUCUGUUGCGCUUGCUUACACCAGUUUCCUCUGGUCCCAGUACGGGACCGCAAAUCCGCCUCUUAGACAACCACCUCCUCAUCGACCCCGUUUCGGCUAUCGAACCCGAGCGCACAGCCUCUCAUUACCGUCUCCGCAAAUCAUUUCGCGAACUCGCCUUCGCGGCUCUAGAGACUCUCCCUGGAGAUCUGGUAAUCUUGAUGACGUCUUGCUUAUCAGAGACGGAAGAGGGGCGGAGUCAGUUUGCGGAAUUUCUGGCAGUGGCGAGGGGGAGGAGGUGUCCGAUGGUGGUGCUGAAUUUGGUUUGUGGGGUUGAGGAGAACGGAAGGAGAGUGGAGUGUGAGGAGAGGAAGGGAAGUGCGAAUGGGUUCGCGAAGGGGAAGCUGACGGAUCGAGCGCUGUUGGAGAGGUUUAGGAGGGAAUACAAGUUACUUGACUUGGACAAGUUGGAAGAUGCGGGUGUGAGGUUGUUUUGUGGAGAGGUUGAGACGACGGAGUUGAGCGUUGAAGAGGCAUCGGCCGGGGUUUGGCGGUUAUUGAGGAAAAGGCUGGGAUUUGAGGUUGGUGUGAGGGGUCAUGAUGUGACUGGGGUGUUGCCACUUGUAUGACCCUGGGUGCACGUUAACAAGAUGGACACUUGUUGUGCCCAAACAAUACGUUUUAUGAGAUAUAUGCGGGAGUCUAGCCAAUACUUCCGCCCACAAAGCUCCAUUCACGGCUCUCGCCGUUAUUGUCAGCCUCGUCAAUUUCUCUGUCUCAAAGAGACACCCAACCACUGCCCACUGUCCUGGGCCUCUCCUCGAAAGAACGAUCGCGUCGUCCCAGAGUGAGGAUAAAGAUUCAAUUUUUCGAGAUUCAGUCCUCUGUGGUCCGUGGAACGAUCAAGGCGGCAGUGGGCGAGCUUUAUGGAAACUACGAUGUUCUCGCAUAUAGACUCCAAACUAGAAAUUAAUCAUUUCUAGCAGCGUUUUGCCCCUGAAUGUCAAGUACUCAGGUUCGCUU